AGAGCAGUCGCGCGCUGUAGAUACGGGCAAGGCUAAAGUUUAACGGUGAAAUUGUAAACUUUAGUUCAUGUCUAUGGGAAUAGAGACAGAUUUUACACAUUUUUAAUCCUGAAGGUAUACACUCGGUGGAUCGUGGAAAGCUAAAGCAGUGUUUUUCCGAGAGAAACGUGUAUUUCCGGGCGGGUAACUUGAAUCGUUUUUGGAGUCUUGAAUAUUUUAUAAACACGAAUGCAGCUCAGAUAUAGAUUAUGUCUCUGCUUCAUGCUAUUGAUGAAGCCAUCAAAAUGUGCAAAGCUGAAGAAUCAAGACUGACAGAAAGCAUCAGACAGUCCAAGGACCUUUUACGCUCAAUGAGAACCCGUGUGACGGACAUCAGUGGGUUGGAUCAUGCAGCUGCCAUCAGUACCAAAGACGAUGUUGCACCUAAAGAACAACAAGAAAUCGAACUGCUGGAUAAAGUUUUAAAGAAAGCCCUGAAAAUUCGCAGUGCAUCUGAAGGUCAUAAGGAACUUUCCUCUGACGGUGACAUCAAAACCCCUCCUAAUGACAUCAGAAACAAAUCAGCCAUCAAUCAUAAAGACAAUGAUAAAAGAAAACUCGGUCAACGUGUGCGAUCAACUGGAAGCAGUGUUAACUCUGGAGGAAUAUUGACACGGCCGGUUUCAGUUCAGAAAGCUCGUAUGGUUUUCGCGGGGAAACAGUCAGCUCAGAAGAGUGCUCCAGUGAAGAUCUCUUCCACAGGAUCCCAGCAGAAGAUCUGUGAUGAAACCAUUAAUGCUAAAGAGCCACUGAUAGAUCAGUCAAUGAAGCGUCUUUGUGAAGAUGUUCCUGUGUCCAAAACAGGAACUUCACAAUCCAAUGAAAAAUGGAUACAGUCUCCUUUAUUACCGGUUUGGCGAUCACAAAGAGCAAAACAGAUCAGGUUGUGCAAUAAAGUACUAACUCAUCAGUCCAAGUCUGUACCAGAGAGAGAUCAUUUUACUGAGAGACUCCGCUCAACUUUUCCAUCAGAAUGGCCAUCUGGAUGUCCUGCAGAUAUCAAAGCAAAGCUGGACGAACUCACGCUGCGUUGUCUGGACUUGACGCACUGCUUUCAUGCUGAACUGAGCCGGUGUACUUACCAGGGCUGCCCAGCGGGAUCACAGCCAGGUUCGUCGGGUGAGAAAUGGUUUGAGUCUUCACUGAUGCUUCAAGGUCUGGAGAAGAUGACUGAAGAACUUCUCACAAGUGCCGAUCGUCUGAAGAAAGACUGGGAAAGGUGGAACAAGUAUCAUUCGGAAACUCUGUGUCCUGUACGAAGAAAAGGGGAAUGGGGUGAUCCAGACUGUCCCUGUCUGCCGCCCGUCCUGUCUUACACCAGUGAAACUGAACUGAGACAACUGGAAACCCAAAGACUUCAAGUGGAACAACUACAGCAGGCUGUCAGCCUUCAACAGGCAAUGUCUGAUAAUCUUGCAUCAUACUGGACCAUGAUGGAUUCUGGUACGGAGCGGCCCAGUGCUGUGGUUUUGCGUGGCCUGUACUCGCUGCUGGCAGAGGGAGGGCUGCAGUUCCCAUCACUGGUUUUGGACUCUGAAUGAGCAAAAAUGACUUUAUUAGGGUAAUACACUUACAAUUCACAGCGCUCCGCAGGAACAAUAUACCGUAUGCCGAUGACGGAUCCGUUAGUAUUUUCAUGUCGAGUGUAUUCUGUGUGAACCUUUGACUCAAAUGAUUAUCAGUCAUGUGAUUUGAGGAAAUUAUGAGGAAGUGCAGCUGGGCUUUAGAAAUGGGAAUAAAACCUCCAGCUGAUUACUCUCA